AUGGCCAUGGCCGCCAGAUCUGUCGCCGCCCUUUUCACCGCCGCCAGUUUCCCUCCAUUUCGCCACGCGAAACCCCGUUCUUUCUCCGCCGUCGCCGCAUCAUCCACCCUCCGGCCAAUCACUCUCAUCGGGCCGCCUGAAAUCUACCUACACCCGGUCGUCUCCCCCAAACCCUCCACUAGUCCCGCCCUUUCCUCUGCCGCAACCGUCGAGGAGAGGGAUUCCCUUUCAGAUCUAGCUGCUGCGAAUUUCAGCCACGCGGCCGGAGGCCCACCCAUGGGCACGACUGCUACCAGCUCGCCCAAUUGCCUCUCCACUGGAAACCCAUGCCUGGACUUCUUCUUCCACGUCGUCCCCGACACGCCGCCGGAGACUCUAGCCCGCCGCUUGGAGCUCGCAUGGGACCACGACCCCCUCAAGGCCCUGAAGCUCGUCUGCAAUUUACGAGCUGCCGAAGGCACCGGCAAGGCCGACGAGGAAGGCGGCCUCACGGCGGCCCUAUGGCUGCACGCCAACCGACCUAAAACCCUAGCCCUCAAUUUGGACUCCUUCGCGGAGUUUGGGUCCUCGAAGGACCUCCUCGAGAUCCUCUACCGGAUUCUAGAAGGUCCCGACGUACGGGAACGGAUCGAACAGGAGCAUAAAGAGUGGGUUCAAAUGCAGCAGAAGAAAAGAAGGGAGAAAAUGUGGCGGAAGCGAUGCACAGCCGGCAAACCCGGAGAAACCAACCCAGAAUUGAACUCCGGCGAACAAAAACGAGUCAUCAGGAGGGAUUCGAGAAAGCGCCUUUUGGAAAAGAGGCGUGUGAAGCGUGAGGCCAAGAGAGUCGAGCAGGCAAGAAGAGCCGUUGAUAGAUUCAACAACGAUCCCAACUUCCAAUUGCUACACGACCGUGUGUCCGAUUAUUUCGCCAGUAAGCUGAGGUCAGAUCUCGAGAAGCUGAAAAAUGGAGACCUUUCGAAAAUCAGCCUUGCCGCGAAAUGGUGCCCGUCUCUCGACUCGCCUUACGACAGAGUCACUCUUUUGUGCGAGACGAUUGCAAAAAAAGUUUUUCCGAGGGAGGAGUUUCCGGAAUACGAAGGAGUCGAGGAGGCCGAGUAUGCGUAUCGUGUUCGGGACCGUUUACGCAAGCAAGUGCUUGUCCCGCUUCGUAAAGCCCUCGAGCUGCCCGAUGUCUUCAUCGGGGCGAAUGACUGGAAAUCGAUCAAUUACGAGCGUGUGACACCAGAUGAGUUGAGGCAGCGCAAGAGGGACUACUUAAAACACGACAAGGAGAGGUUUUGUAAGUACCUCGACAGAGUACGGAAAGGCGAGGUGAGGAUUGAUGCAGGGGAUUGGUUCCCGCACAAGAUAGCCACCGGACAGGUGGCAGAGCUUCAGUAUUCGAGGAUGUUGGACGACAUGGCUGAGACAGGGAAGAAGAUGAGUAGCUGCCUGGCGAUUUGUGAUAUUGGUUCGUAUGGUUCACGGAGAUCGGUGGAGGUGGCGAUUGCGCUCGGGAUUUUGGUGUCGGAGUUGAGUGAGGAGCCGUGGAAAGGGAAGCUUAUCACGUUGGGCGAAAAACCUAAGCUUCAAACGGUUGACGGGAUUGAUAAGAUGAAGAAAAAGGCAGCGUUUGUGGAGGGGUUGUACGAGUGGGGGACGAAGGAUCUUCAGAAGGUGUUUGAUUUGUUGCUGAAGGUGGCGGUGGAAGGCGGGUUGAAACCCGAGCAGAUGAUCAAGAGGUUGUUCGUUUUUAGUUGGAUGGAGUUCUCAAAGACGUCUAUGAAUGAGUCGGAAAUGGAUUACGAGGCGAUUGUGAGGAAGUUUAGGGAGAAGGGUUAUGGGGAUUGUGUGCCGGAGAUUGUGUUUUGGAAGGUGAAGGAGUCACGGGCCACGCCCGCUCGGGCAGACCAGCUUGGGGUGGCGCUCGUGAGCGGGCACUCGAGGAAUGUGAUGAAGGUGUUUUUGGAGGAAGGUCGGGUCUCGGAUAUGAAUCCGGAGGCGGUUAUGGAGGCCGCGAUUGGCGGCAAGGAAUAUGAAGAGCUGGUUGUGUAUGAUUAA